AUGAUCGCUGCCACCGAAGUUCUCAAAGCUUGGGAGGCUUGUGACAAGACAGAUUCAGCAUUCAUCCUCGUCUGCAGUGUCUUUUGCUGGCCGAUCAUCCCCGCUGUCGGUCUUGGAUACUCCGGAUACUCCACACGACGUAGUGGACUGGCUUCCUUUAUGCCAGCUUUGCUAGCUGUCGCUGUCUGUACGAUUCAAUGGUGGCUAUUCGGAUACUCACUGGCCUAUGGUGAGGGCAAUGGCUUCAUUGGCGAUCUCAAGCACUUUAUGCACCUCCAUGUUCUGGCUGAGCCCGUUGGAACAAUUCCUGCUAUUCUUUUCAGCGAAUUUCAACUCAUCUUCUGCGCCACUGUAUGUGCCAUCGCAAUUGGUGGUGCUUGCGAGAGAGGCAGACUCCUACCUCUUAUCCCUUUCAUCUUCCUCUGGGCGACAUUCGUCUACUGUCCACUGGCACACAUGGUAUGGGGCGGAGGCUUCCUCGGACAACUUGGUGCCCUCGAUUACGCUGGAGGUGGCCCCGUUCACUUGUGCUCAGGAGCCACAGCAACAGCCUUGAGCAUAUAUUUGUCGCACCCGCUCUUCCGCUCGCGCAAAUCUGCAGAAAGAUCACCAGCUCAUCUGGUGCUACACAAACCACACAACACGUGGAGCCAAUUGCUUGCCUUGGUCACCAUCUGGGGCUCCUGGCUUGCCUUUGAUGCCGGGACUACACUUGCCUUCAACUUCAAGUCGGUGAUGGCUAUGUGUGUGACGAAUUUGUGUGCUGCUUCUGGUGCGAUCACCUGGGCUUUCAUGACCUACCACGAGACUGGCAAGUGGUCACUGGACUCGACUUUCUUAGGCGCCAUCAGUGGUCUUGUCAUGAUAACGCCUUCGGCUGGUUUCAUCGACAUGUCCACGGCAUUCUUUUUCGGCAUCUUUGGUGCGUUCAUCUCCAGACAAGCUCUGCGUAUCAAGUUCACAGAUAUGGCAAGAAGGUGGAAGUGGGUUGACAAUGGUGACACCUUUGCUACCCAUUGUAUCGGUGGAUUCGUCGGCACAAUUGCAACAGGCCUGUUUGCGCAGAAGGGGAUCGCAGCUCUCGACGGGACAACCGAAAUUAUUGGCGGUGUCUUUUUUGACGGCAAUGUCAGACAACUGGGUGUUCAGAUUGUGGAAGCCCUGAUUGGGUUUACGUGGGCGUUCAGCGUCUCGUAUAUCCUUAUCGCCUUGAUUGAUUGUGUUCCAGGCUGGGAAGUUCUGGCGACCGACAAGGAUGUCAUGAUCGGUAUGGAUGCGUCGCAGAUGGGCGAGUCUCUGUACGAAGACCAAUGGAAGGGAGAAGAGGAUUAUCAGCCAUUCGCCGCAACGAUUCAGCUAGAGUGA